UUUGCCAGAAACCUCCAGACAUCAUGUCCUGCUGUAACACCUGUUCCACCAGCUUCUGUGGCUUCCCCAGCUGCUCUACUGGAGGAAACUGUGGAUCUAGCUGCUGCCAGGAGAGCUGUGGAACCGGCUGCUGCCAACAGGGAGGAUGUGGGACCGGCUGCUGCCAACAAGGUGGCUCUGGAAGCUGCUGUGGGCCCAACUGUGAGACCACCUGCAGGACCAGGUGUUAUCAACCUGAGUGCUGUGGAGGUGAGAGCUGCCGCACCAAAUGGUGCCGCCCAGACUGCAGGGUGGAGGGUACUUGCCUGCCACCCUGCUGCGUGGUCAGCUGCACUCCCCCAUCUUGCUGCCAGCUCCACCAUGCCCAGGCCUCUUGCUGUCGUCCAUCCUACUGUGGCCAGUCUUGUUGCCGUCCAGCCUGCUGUUGUCACUGUUGCGAACCCACCUGUUAAAAAGCCAAGAUGUCAAAAUCCUAGCUCAGCAUUGGUGAAGUAUUGACACUGGGUGCCAACACCAGGAAGGGGCAGGAUGGGGGGAGGGGCUGCUCCAUUCUCAUACUCUCCAGUUCCCAAGACAUUUUUUUGCAUGCCCCACCCUUUUGUCUAGCUGCCCAAAGUGAACACUUCCUCCUUCCACUCUCGGAGGUAAUGUGGGGAGCUCAAAGGCAGCUUGAAGUUGCAGUUUGGGCAAGCAAACUCAAAAACAUUUGUCAACGCUGCCCUAGCUCAUGGAAAUCACCAUGUCUUUGAAUUGAUCACUUUCUUAUUCAAUACUGCAACUUUUGGUUCUUUGUUCCAGUACUCCCAAGAAUAUAACUUGGUCUAACUUGAUUCAGGAUACAUGGCAGAGCUUCACUUCUAUUUCUCAUGGAUGAAGAAAUAUAUAUAUAUAUGGCCCAGGACACAGAAAAGAAAGGAACCUGACAAAUUAUUUUUAAAUUCUGCCUAUGUCUCUAAGGCUAUUGGAUUUAGUUUCUGUGGGACUCAGUUUUCUCAUCUGUAAAACAAGUGGGAUGGCCUCUGAGAUUCAGUCCACCUCCAAGUCUAGCUCAGGGAUCCUAAGAUCUUUUUAGCAAAACCCUCACUUACUGCUCACCAACGUCCCCUUCCUGAAGAACCCACAGCCAAUUUACUCUUUUCAGCAGUAUCUGCCUUCAGAACAUCUCUUUUCCAACUCACUAUUCUUCCUCUGGACUAUUAGAUUGCACUCAUCUUGAAAAGAAGAUAAUAUAAUC